GCUUUAAUCUGAUUUGUACGCGAGCGACAAUAGUAUAUCCGAUUCAAAUACCUAGGACAAGAACACUUCUGUUCACUGUACCGGAACCGGCAGAAGUCGAUCAAAUCACCACAUUUGAAUUAGUACGGUUCAUUCAUAGUUUUGGGAAGGUUCGGCUUGGACGUGUUUAUCGAUUUGUGUUCUGAUUUUGCUGGAGUUUUUGAUUAACUGAAUUCCAUUCACGUUUUGAAGUGAGAUAACUAACCAGUCUCCUGUGUUAUCGGUAAUUUUGGGCUGACUGUAUCUCUCUCACUCAGCAAUCGCGUUGGACUCACAUCAGCCGAAGAGAACGACUUGUUUGUUACCUACGAUUUUGUUUUCAUUUGCGUCGUUUGUGAACGUGUGCCGUGCAGCUUUCAGGAAAUAUACGGAAUUCUUAGGUAACCUUUUCCUGGACUAGUUGAAUUGACACUGUUCGAUCUUUGGGAAGCUGAACCGAAGCUGUGGCACGGAAAACGAACCUUUGUGUACCGUAGUGUGUUAGUGUUGUCGAAAAUGAAACCCGUAUCCGGUGCAAGUGACACCGAACGGAGUAGUGCAAGAAAAGAUGAAGGUCACGAUGGGGAGCCGGCCGAAGUGCACUAUCCCCCACUGGUGCGGAAUCUGAUAUUGCGGGCCAUGUGCGGUGUCUAUCUGGUGGCAUUCCUGAGCUUCUACGUCCAAGCGGAAGGUCUCUACAGUAACUCCGGUAUACUACCAGCAAGUCGUGUCCUCGCCAAUGGCACCAUACAGGAACAAUUCAACCUGCUCCGGCUUGCACCACUCCUGGGACUUGACUCAUUUUCCAUGGUUGAUCUCUUUUGCUUAGCCGGCAGCGUGAUCGCCUUCCUCGGCCUGGUGUUCAGCGAUCUCUGUCGCCUUCAGAGUUUCAUAGCCAUGUGGACUUUUUACUUCUCACUGGUCCAGAUCUCACAAUCCUUUCGACAGCAAUCAGACGAGCUACUGCUGGAAGCCGGCUUCCUAUGUAUCCUCCUGGCGCCAUCGAAACUAAGCGAUCCCCGAAGUCCGAUCGAAGAUCUGGCCCUCCUGUUGAUGAAGUGGCUUCUGUUUAGGUUCGUGUUUGCUUCCGGAUCGGUGAAGCUGGCGAGUGGAUGCCCUUUGUGGUGGGACUUGACCGGGCUGAAGAGGCAUUUUGAAACGAUGCCGCUGCCCACUUCGUACAGUUGGUACACCUAUCAGCAACCGGAUGGACUGCACCGGUUGAGUACGAUCUACGUGUAUCUGAGCGAACUGGUAUGUUCGUGGCUGUUUUUCGCUCCAAAUCAGAAAGUCCGAAUGUUCGCCAUGUGGUGGCAGGUGUUCCUGCAUUUGAACAUUAUAGGCAGUGGAAACUACGGGUUCUUGAGUUUGAUCGUGCUGACAUUGUUACUUACGCUGGUGGAUGAUCGCGAGCUGGUUAGGACGCAAGUUAAGAAGGAACCACGGAAGGAAGACAAAAGAGGAGCUCUGACGGUGAAGGUGAUUUCCAUUUCAAUGGUCAUAGGGACCUGGUUGAUGUUCGGGGUGGGGUACAAAAAUGGCGAACUUGCAUUCAAGUUGCUGUUCAACCGGUCGCAGUAUUUGAACAUGAUGCAGAUGAUGCUGCGAGCUGCACCGCUGCUGGUGUUGAGUUUGAUGGUGCAGAAGUUCCUGAAGAUCGUAAACAAACAGGCGGGUGUGAAAACAGUGGCCGACGGCAUCCGCAAGCUGAGCGAGAACUGGCAGCUCUUCCUUCCAACGGUAGCAGCUUUUGCGGUUCUAUUCACAUCGAUCGUUCCACACCUCCAACUGACACAAUCCACAGCAAUAAGCUCGUCGAUCCUCACAAAGCCCUACCAGGGCCUUCACAACCUCUUCGUGGUAAACCAGUACGGUCAACACCUGAUCAAAAUGCGUCCGAAACGGCUGGAGAUCAUCUUGGAAUACUCCGACGAACUGACCGGGCCGUGGCACGAGUACGGUUUCCAGUACAAACCCUGGAGCCAGGGGGGGUCCAUGCCUUACGCUUGGGUCUACUUCCCACGGUUUGAUUUCAAGUUCUACGAUGCUUCCGUUUCCAAACCACAUAACCAGAAGUGGCUCUAUCCGUUGGUUCAACGACUACUACAAAACGAACCAACAGUGGUUAAACUGCUCGACGAAGAUAACGUUCCUUCGAGACCUCCAAAGUUCAUCCGAGCUUCACUGUACCACUUCAGCUACACGUCCUGGUUCGACGGGAACAGCACUACCUUCUGGACCCGGGAACGGGUCAACGAUUACUUCCCGGCAUACACGCUAGCUGAUGGAUUCUUAGAAACAAAACUCAACGAUAUUGGUAUACCGGCGACAGCAAGCACACCUGAAGCCAUGAAUCUUCCCCUCAAAUUGCUCAUGGAUGGUGUGAGAAACUUCCUGGGCAUUUUCGAGGGUUCGUUACUGGUGUUGGGUGUGCUUAUGGCUGCGUUUGUGAUGAUACUUACUCAAAGGCGCAAUUAAGUGGAAGCAAAGAAGCAAAUCAUACAUACCUUUUUUGAAGAUUUUUUUUCUGAAUUUUGCUAGGUCAAUACAUAUAUAGUAUUCGAAGAAAUUAAGCUUCUGGUUAAUCAUUAGUAAAAUAGAGCAGAGUUAGAAUAUUUAGUUGAACAAUUAUUCAACGUUUGCUGAAAUUCAGCAUAACUGUUUAGACUACUGAUAUCAAGGAAUACCUGAUAACUAAAAUCUUGGCAAAAUCCAGAAUUAUUUGACUGAUUCGUACUAAAUUAAUAAAAAUCAAUGUGACAGAUCCUGCGGUCAAUUUAGCGGUUUCUCUUCAUCUUGUCUCCCCCAAUCUCAUGUCGGCACAAAAGACAAUGCGCACCAUCCCGUUUGCACGAUAAUUUUGGGACAUAUAAAGACGAAACUUGCUCUGUAUCCACAAACACACACACACACUCUCGUUAGCAAUAAUAUUGUACUUCUUGAUAUAGUUUGUAAGUCUCACCGUCAGCCCGCCCUCGUUACCGGAUGCUGUGUAUCUCUUUCCGUACAAGACGGAUAUUUUGAUGAAUAAAAAGUCAAUUAGGGCGAGUGAAGAAAAAAGAACAA